AGAAAAAUGUGACGACCGUAGGGGGGAUCCACCUAAGAGAUUCUACAAAGAGGAAUUCAUGAAAUCCUACAAACGUGACCUCAAAGUGCAACUAGGGCCUAAGGACCAAGUGGACAAUCACCGAAAGCUGCAACGUGGUCGCUUGAAAAAACCGAGGCCAACAGGUAGUGAGGUGGAAUACAUCAGCGACACCUCGCGGGAAGGGGAGUCGUCGUCCGCAGAGACGCCAGAGACCUGCAACGGCCAGGUGGCGACACCUGCCGGAGCAGAGCCCAACCAGAGAACUGCAGGCAACUGUAGUCCGCUCCCCGAGUCGAGUCCGCCAACCAAAAUGGCGGACAAAAACAAAAACAAACAAAGGGAGGACAUUCACAGAUAUGUCCGAAUGAAAACUUUCGAGGUCCCGAGCGAAUCAAACAACACACUGGUGGGCAAGCCAGUGGAAAACAUGGAAACAGACGAUAUCGACAAACACCAAGGGGCAAAAAGAACAAGGUCGGUCUCAACAGCGAGCGAGUCCGAAACGGACAUCGACUCCGUGGCCACCGUGGCCCAAAUUCACCACACCGCCGACUCGCAGGUGAGCCGACCAGCCAUCCCGCCCUCGGCCAACGAUGCCCAGCUAAAAGAUAUAGCCGCGUCAAGCAAAUUCAUAAAACCAAGGAAAACAACAAAUAUCGGCAGCCUCCUUAGGCAAAGGGCCGAAAUUUUAAAAAACAACGUUGUGAAAACCCACAACAAAUACGAUCCACUGAAGGUGGAUCAUAUUAUAACGGAAACCAAUAAGGAGAACAUCGGCGAGGAUGAGGACAAAGGCAAGGCUGAGCAGCGUUCAGCCGACAAGGGAAGCAAGGGGACGAGCGCGCCGAGGAAAAACACGAAAAUCCCUCCCAUUAUCCUCCAGGGAGUGUUCAGUGACCACGACCGGGGGGUGACGGAAUUGAGGAGGCACUUCACGAAGGGGUUCACAAUCAAAUACACUAAGAACAACACCCACGUCCACGCGAAGGACCUCUCGGAGUACACAACUUAUGUGGACGCGCUCAAGGCAAGCGACACGGCGUUCCACAUUUACACAACGCCGAUCAACCGAACACACGCGUUCGUGAUGAGGGGAUUCGACGCCGAGCUGGAACCAAGCGAUAUAGGGGAAGGACUGGCAGAAGAGCAUAACAUCAAAAUUCACAACAUUUACAAAAUGCGAACCCAGUUCCGACCCCUCUACAUGGUCAUCACUGACCCCGGCAUCACUCUCAAGUGGAUUAACCAAAACGUCAAACACGUCCUCAACACCAGGAUCUUCUGGGAAAGGAGAAGAUCAGAACGGGGCGUCAUCCAAUGCCACCGGUGCCAGGCAUGGGGCCACGCCACAUCGAACUGUAACAGGCAGUACAGGUGCCUGAAAUGUGCAGAACCACACCCGACGCACACUUGCACCAAGUCGAGGGACCUGCCGGCUAGGUGUGCUAACUGCCAAGGAAGUCAUCCGGCCAACAGCACGGAGUGUGACGUGUACAAAAUGAGGGUGGCCCAGUUAGAGAGGCGGACUCAGCAACAACGCCCGACCGGAGCCACAGGAGUCCAAUCACAGCCAACAGAGAAUUACUGGCAGAAGAGGAUGGCCUCCAAGACUACAGCCCAGAACCUCACACCAGAUAACUUCCUCACACCAGAUAACUUCCCACCACUACCGUCGAGGGGAGGGGAGAACAGAACCAACGAACCGGCUAAGCCAAUCGCCCAACCUGCUGUCGUCCAAAAUAAUCUCAUUAAUAUCUUUUCAGAGUUCGGCCAGCUGAGCGGGAAGGUCAACCUCGGGGGUCUUCUGGAGGCGGUCCGUGAACUCAACCUUCGUCUCCGCAAGGACCAGUCAUCCGCGGAGAAGUUUAUGGUCUUCAUGGACUUCUGCAACACGGAGCUGGGCAGAUAUGACAUCUAGUCGGCAGGGGAAUACAAAAAUC